CAUUCUUCUUCGCUUACCUUCUUGCCUCCUCAUCCUUCAUUAGCAAGUUGCUUUUCCAUCAUCUCCAUGUCAUUACACCCAGAAUAGUUCAUUUGCAAGAUAAUUUGGCUUCUGGCUGAGCUUGCCCGCGCGAGUGGCCAAUACUACUCUCAUACCACUGGUGGACUUCGCGUCCUGCUUGGACCCGACCCUCGUUGCUAUGGCGCCUCUUACCAACCCGAGAUCUCGUGAGAAUGGAGUAGACCAGCAAAUGGCAGACGUCGAUAUUUCAAACAAAGGCUAUUGCCCAAGCAGCAUCGUGGGGUACUUGGAGCGCAUGACAACGGUUCCAGAGCCCAAACUUCAAGAACCUCCAAGUAAACGCCAGCGGUUGGACAGUGACAGCAAUCUCGACUACAUGGUAGUUAAACGGUCAUCACUCACUUUGAAAUUUCGCCAGUCCCCACGCAAAAAUUCAAGGCUGCCUCUCACCUAUCAGAGUGAGACAGUAGGGACACAAGUCGAGGAGUCCGGAAGCCAAGUUUUACUAAGGAUUAGUGAUAACGGAGGUCGUGAUUGGAACGUUCUGGAUGAGACCUUUGACGCUGAUAAUGUGCCAAUUCGCGACAUCAACAUUGCGGGAGUGAUACCAUUUCGCGCCCACUACAAGCAUAACCCGACGGCCCAUGGCCGUUUGUGGGCCGAGACAACGUUUUCUCUGUCUGUUGAGAAGGGGUUUGAGGUUUUGCUGUUGACGUGGACUGUCAAGUGGAAUUUAUGUCCCUCGUUGGCAUACAUAUCGGCAACUCUCCCCAAAAGACACCACCUGGAAUCUGUCAUAGAAGCAUACUUUUCCGAUCCUGCACAGAGCGACAAUAAGGGUGCCCGCAUAUUACCCCAAGAUUUUUACAACAGCGUUCAUGUGCCGGAAAAAAAGGAUGCAGAGGCGACGUUAAUAGAGAUCCCAGAGCUAAAGACUCCAUUAUAUCCAUUUCAGAAGAGAUCAGUUCGGUGGCUGCUUGAGAGGGAGGGCGUUCAAUGGUCUGCGGGAGAGAACUGCAUGAAGGAUGCGACUGUUAAGCCUGAAGAGACACCCUGCUCUUUCUAUGAGGUGGUGGAUGGAGAUGGGCGCACCUGUUGGGUCAGCUCUCUUCUCCAAGCUGCUACACGCGAUUUAUCCGCGUACAAAGCUGCGGAAGAUGAACUAAUUGGAGGGCUUCUUGUUGAGGAGAUGGGAUUAGGCAAAACGCUAGAAAUCACGGCAUUGAUAACCCUUCACAGAAGUCGCCCAGACAGCUUAAAGCCCAUCGUUGAUCCAUAUACGCGUCACGAAGCCGUCCCAACAAAGGCGACACUUAUUAUAACGCCGCCUUCAAUAUUGCAACAGUGGCAAUCUGAGUUGGCACGCCAUGCGCCAAGCUUGAAGGUGAUGCAUUAUCAAGGGAAAUCGAAACACAAAAGGCUUUCCCACGAGCAAUUAUUGGACAUGAUUGCUGAGCACGACGUCGUCCUAACCACCUACAGAGUUCUUGCUGGAGAGAUAUACCACGCAGCACCAGGUCCUGGCCGUGUCUCACGCCAUUUAGAUGGCUCACAGCAGAAUAUGUCAGUCUUUACGCACUUUUUGUGGUGGAGAUGCGUGCUUGAUGAAGCACAGAUGAUAGAAGGCAGCGUUACAAAUGCAGCUACAAUGGCUCAGAUGGUUCCUCGUGUCAACUCCUGGGGCGUAACUGGGACACCAGUCAAGAAAGAUGUUGAAGACUUAUUUGGAUUGCUGAAAUUCAUCCGCUAUGAGCCUUUUGGCAUCCUGCCAUGGACGUGGGCCGCAUUACUCCGUAACCCGCCUGCAUUUCAAUCCGUAUUCCAGCGUAUAGCCCUCCGGCACACGAAGAGUAUUGUCAGAGACGAACUGCAACUCCCACCUCAGAAGCGAUACGUCAUUACUAUGCCAUUUACGCCAGUUGAAGAGCAACACUAUCAAUCAUUGUUCCAGAAAAUGUGCGACGAAUGUGGCGUUGACCUCCAAGGAGGCUCGUUGGCAGACGAUUGGGAUCCUACCAGGAUCAGAACGAUGGAACGGAUGAGAGCCUGGCUUAGCCGGCUCAGGCAAAGCGCCUUACAUCCCGAAAUUGGAGUUAAAAAUCGCCGUGUCUUGGGGAGGAAAGAUGGGCCGCUGCGCACUGUAGGAGAGGUUCUAGAGACCAUGUUGGAGCAAACAGAGCUGAGCAUACGCGGAGACCAGCGGACCCUACACCUCACCCGACUCAAGAGGGGCCAAACUCUAGAAAAUUCGCCCCGUGUCAAAGAAGCUUUGAAAAUUUGGAAACGCGUGUUAGCGGAUACAAAUGCUGCUGUUUCUGUUUGCCGAGAGCAGCUACAGAGCGAGAUAGAUUCUCCCAAAGGGAAUAUGGCACUGGGCGGUGGGCCUUUGCUUAAUGAUGACGAAAUUUCGUCUGGCGAUAACAGCGAUAUUGACGAUCGGGAACCUGGUGCUGAAAGCACAUUACGCGUUGGCGCUCUUCGAAACAGGCUCAACGCUGCACUUGAAAUCCAGCACAUAGCAGUAUUCUUUUGUGCCAAUGCAUAUUUCCAGAUCAAGUCGAAUGAAGAGAUGACAAAGCCUGACUCCGAGGAAUUCAUGGAAUUCGAAAAGCUGGAGGCAGAAGGCUAUCAACAGGCCAAGAUGAUCCGACAGGAAAUCCUAAAGGAGAUUUUUCGGAAAAACACAAAACCAAUGGAGCGACUCGCGGAGAAGGCUUCAUCCGAAGAUUUUUUAUCCAUCCCUGAAUUUCACAUAAAUACACAAAAAGGAGGAAUCGAGAGCACCAUACUUCUUGAGCAGCUAGAUGGACUAGCUGCCGCACUGGAUGCACAAGCAAAUCAGCUGGAUGAAUGGCGUGAAACCACAAUCCAGAACCUACUUCGGCCCCUAGUAGAUGAGGAAGGAGUCAUUGAGAUGACCGGUGAAGAGUAUCUGCAGUCUACUGAGUUACAGCAGGAGAUUGUCAUCUAUGUUCUGGCUUUGCGUGCUGUUAUCGAAGACCGACACGAUGCUCUAACGGGCCAGGAAAAUCAACUUGUGAAGCAUGAGGUUCAGGUUGCCAUUAAACAGGCCAAAGACAAUAUUGAACAGGCCGAAGCUGAGCAGGCCGAAGCAAUUGUUGACCAGGCCGAAGCUGAACAGGCUGAGGCAGUUGUUGAACAGGCCGAAACAGACGUUGAAGCAGACAUUGAACUGGCCAAAGCUGGCAAAUGGUCAUUACCCCAGAGAACACUGGAUCUUUUACAAGCUCGUGCAGAAUUGAAACCACCGAAAGCCAUGGGAUCUGUCAAGGGAAUCCUCUCCGAAUUAAGGACGCUAUCAUCACAACUCAGAAUGGAUGCGACAAAAGGUAGUUCACGAGCGGCCAAUGAGUUGGUCAUCAUUGAGCGGAACAUGGCCAUUGUCCGCCCGCACCUCGAGAAACAGCUCAAGGCUGUCACGGCUUUGCGGCAGGAGAUUGACGAAUUCACAUCGUUAAUGAACUUGCGUGUAGAGUAUUAUCGACAGCUCCAGCAAAUUUCCGACAUGGUGCUGCCCCUAGGAGAAGACAGUCCCCCGGAUCUGCCCAUAAGUCUAUUAGAAACUGAACAGAAACUCGCGGCUAAAAUUGCGACAACUUCCUCAAAACUGCGAUAUCUUGUUCACUUAAAAGAAGAGAGCAAAGAAGAUGCCGAAGGAAAGGAUUGUCUGAUUUGCACGGCGCCCUUCGAGAAUGGGUCGUUGACUGUUUGUGGCCACAUAUUUUGCAAAGAGUGCAUGGGGCUUUGGUUUCGAGGACACAAAAACUGUCCAGCGUGUAAACGUGAAUUAACGAUAAAUGAUCUACAUGACAUCACAUACAAACCCCGGGAACUAAAGAUGGCGGAAGAGGCACCCAUCACACCUCACAAUCAAGAUCGUGCUCUUGUUUCUCCCAGCAAGAAGUCGGGCAUAUAUUCUCAGAUAAGUAACGAUACCCUCGCCCAAAUCAAGAACAUCGACCUCGUCGGCCCCUCCUUCACCACGAAAGUCGACACGCUCUGCCGACACCUUCUCUGGCUCCGUGAAGCAGACCCCUUCGCCAAAUCCAUCAUCUUCUCCCAAUUCAGCGACUUCCUCGUCAUCCUCGGCCACGCUUUUACCCACCACCGCAUCGGCUACUCAGCCAUCGACAAGCCCGGUGGAAUCGAGAAGUUCAAGAACGACCCUGCGACCGAAUGCUUCCUCUUACACGCCAAAUCGCAGUCCUCGGGCCUGAACCUCGUCAACGCCAGCCACGUCUUCCUCUGUGAGCCGCUCAUCAACACCGCCCUCGAGCUCCAGGCCAUCGCGCGUGUCGACCGCAUCGGGCAGCAGCAGGCGACAACUGUGUGGCUGUACCUCAUCGACGGCACGGUCGAGGAGGCCAUCUACGACAUCUCAGUGCGGCGACGCAUGGAACACAUGGGCGGUGCGAGCACAGCACCGUCGAAGGAGAGCACGCCCGAGCUUGCAGAUCGCAAGAUUCAGGUUGCGAACUCGUUGGAGCUGCAGCAGGCACCGCUUGCGAAUCUUCUGGCGAAGGGAAAGGAAAGUGGUGAGUUCGUUGGGAAUGAUGAUUUGUGGGAGUGUUUGUUUGGGAAUAGGAAGAGGGCGGUGGAAGGUGCUGCUGCUGCUGAGGAGAGGUUGGAUCGUGAGGUUGCGAGGCACUUUGGGGCGGAGGCUGCGGAGGCCAGGAUUGCUAAUGGAGAAUGAUGCCUGGUACUGUACAGGUGAUUUGAUUGGGAUGUGUAUAGCAGAUUGUUCGUGAAUUGUUUAGGAAAAUACCACC